AUGCCCCGCCCACCUCCCUUCCAAGCCGCCGCUUCCUCCAGCGCCAAGGAGGGAGGCGCGCCCUGGAAUUGCAAGCUGCGAAAUAACAUUUCUCCAAGGCGGCUGAGCGCCGGGUCUUGCGGUUUUGCACCGGUAGGAGAAAUGUAUGGCUGGGGGUGGGGGGCGCAGAGGGCCCGGAUGUGUUGGGGGGGGGAGGAGUCGCAGAGCACACCUGGACAGGUGGAUCUGUUGAUCUGCCAGGUGGAUCUGGAGAUCUUGGGAUCUGUUUCCGCUUUGGCAGAAGAGCGCGGCUCUCUCAGAUACCUGCACUGCUUGCAGUAGGUCGGCAAGGAUUUCUGGCUUCCAAUUGCUUCACAGUAGGAAUCGCAACCACGACGACACCCCGCCCCAAAUGCAUUAUAUUGCUGCGAAGUCCGGAAAAAUAAUAAUAAUAAAAGCAUGUUGAUCUAUAACCACGGGGCGAUGAGCUCCGUUCGCUCCCGGAAUUCAACAAAUAAACCCCUGAGCUGGGGAUUUUUAAGUUGCAAGCACGGUAUCUGAAGGUAUAGGGAAGUUUGUUUUAAGGUGUCAUGUUUUAUGUAUGUAUGUCUGUGGCUUUUCCUGAGACCCCACAUUUCUGAGACCCUAAACCAUUGCAGAAGCCUUAGGUAAAGGUACCCCUGACCAUUAGGUCCAGUCGUGGCUGACUCUGGGGUUGUGGCACUCAUCUCGCUUUAUUGGCCGAGGGAGCCGGCGUACAGCUUCUGGGUCAUGUGGCCAGCAUGACAUGGCGAACCAGAGCAGCGCACGGAAACACCGUUUACCUUCCCGCCAGAGCGGUACCUAUUUAUCUACUUGCACUUUGACGUGCUUUCGAACUGCUAAGUUGGCAGGAGCAGGGACCGAGCAACAGGAGCUCACCCCGUCGCGGGGAUUCGAACCACCAACCUUCUGAUCGGCAAGUCCUACGCUCUCCGCAUCCCUUCGCAGAAGUCUCAGAACACAACAAAACAAAAACGCCUUGACCAGAAGGUACCGUAACUUCAGGAAGCUCAGGGAAGGGGAGUUUCCUUGCACCCCAAUCUCGCAUUGUUCAGGAAACUGCACCCCAGGCUCUGAAGAGUGUUUUACCUGGAGUCACGCAGGUGGUCCUGGCGAGGCGGAAAAUGGAUGGGAAAGUCCUCUUUGAAAACUUGCUUUGUUUUAGGAUUCCAGUCAAGGGCAGGUAGCAUCUUCAACUAAGUUCUAUUUCCGGAGGGGGUGGUCUGCCCCAGGGCCCUCUUGUUGAACUUUACGGCUCCCUUGACCAAUAAAGCGAGAUGAGCACCGCAUCCCCAAAGUCGGCCACGACUGGACCUAAUGGUCAGGGGUCCCUUUACCUUUAAACCCUAUAUCAUGCAGAUAGCACACUCUCACGAAGCCCGGAACCCCUGGAAUCUCGCACCGCUCAGCGAUUGGGAUGGCGUGCAACAACAAUAACGUUUUUGCUCACUUUCUUCCUUCAACAUGUCCUCUGGUACUUUCACUUCAGAGGAAGGAGACCUUUCUUCUUGGCUGCCUUCCUUCUUGCUUGCCAGGAGUUGCUGGCAUGGCUCGUGGCCAGGGAAGAAAAGCGAGGAAGGAAAACUGGGCAGGCGGUGGCACUGAGGCAAACUGAUGAGUCCUGUUCCACCGUUUGAGAAACUGCAUUUUUAGAUUUAUGGGUCAAGUGGGCUGUGGUUGCUCUGUUUGUUCUGUGGGAAACCCUGGUUUUUGGUGCUUCCAGGCUUGUUGUUGCAAGCAGGUAAUUUUUUUUCUUUUCUUUUUUUGAAAAUAAUAUUUAUUACUUUUCCAACAAUUUAAACACUACAAACAAAAAAAUGAACAAUACAAUACAAUACAAAAACACUACAUAACACUAACACAUUAAACUAACAAAACAAAACAAAAACAGUUUAAAACACAUCAAACAAUUUCAAUAUCUUAUCUUUCAUUCACUUAUUUCAAUGACCUCCUCACACCUCCCUUUUUGUAUUCCACUUCUAUUAAUUGUUUCAGCAAUUCCUUUCCACCUUCCUCUGAUUUCUAUCCUAUAAUUGUCUAAACACAUUCUAACCUUAUUUUUCCCUUUAAUACUCCAUUAAUCUAUUUAUACUUAAUUCCUUAUAACAUUUCUACUAAAGCCAUAUAACUUCAUUCCACCAUUUUUCUAACAUUCAUUAAUUUUACAGUAUUUCUGUAAAUAGUCUUUAAACUUUUUCCAGUCUUCUUCCACCGACUCUUCUCCCUGGUCUCGGAUUCUGCCAGUCAUUUCCGCCAAUUCCAUAUAGUCCAUCAACUUCAUUUGCCAUUCUUCCCGGGUAGGUAAAUCUUGAGUCUUCCAAUGCUUCGCGAUGAGUAUUCUUGCUGCUGUUGUAGCAUACAUUAAAAAAAUUCUGUCCUUCUUUGGCACCAAUUGGCCGACCAUGCCCAGGAGAAAGGCCUCUGGUUUCUUCAGAAAGGUAUAUUUGAAUACCUUUUUCAUUUCAUUAUAAAUCAUCUCCCAGAAUGUCUUAAUCCUUGGGCAUGUCCACCAAAGGUGAAAGAAUGUACCUUCAGUCUCAUUACAUUUCCAACAUUUAUUUUCGGGCAAAUGAUAGAUUUUUGCAAGCUUGACUGGUGUCAUGUACCACCUAUAAAUCAUUUUCAUUAUGAAUGGAUAGGUUUAAUCUUCUUGCAGUCCAUGGGACUCUCAAGAGUCUCCUCCAGCACCAUAAUUCAAAAGCAUCAAUUCUUCGGCGAUCAGCCUUCUUUAUGGUCCAGCUCUGGCUGAAAUCAGGGUUGGGUGGGCAGGGGACUGGAAGAAUGAUGCCGACAGAGACGUGUGGACGAUGUGAAAACUUGGCAUUCAUCCUGCAACUGACACCCAUCUGGAAGCACCUUCCUUUGCCCCAUAGGGAAAAGUGGGUGAAAGGCAUAAUGUGACUAGAUAACAGUUGGCUGCAAUGAUGCUCAACCCAGACAGUAUCAAUUGGUUUGAAUUCCUGGCUGACAAUUCCUGACUUGCUUUGAAAGCCAUUGAGAGUCAAAUUUGUUACAGUCCUAAGGGUUUGCAUUUUUAUUUGUAAUUUUCCUAUUGGAUUUUAACUACUGUAAACCAUUUUUAUUAUUUUUUAAAAAUGAAAUUGCAGUAUACAGCUUAAAAAACCAAAUAAAUAAUCUGACCUCUGCAUAAGUAAAUCCCUUUGACUGCUUUUAAACCCUGUUGGGUUUGAAUAGGCUCUUGUUGAGAACUUAACUUUCGUGUUUCUGAAAGUCUUAUGGUAUCUGAUUGCUUAUUAUUAUUAUUUGUUUGGUUUGAAUUGUCCUGUCUUCCUCCCUAUCCCCAUUGCUUGGCAUUUUCGGUUUCACAUCUCCUUUUAGUUUUUGACUCUGAAAACUGGCAGAGCUGCUUAAAUCUCAUGGUAACAGACUUUUGUAACUGAGCAUAACUCAGUUACGAUUUCUGAUUCAGAGGUCAAAUUGGAGUCUUUUUUUAAUGUUAGCAUUUUAUUGUCGCUGUUUUUAUUGGUGAAGGGAAAAUUGCACAGCCAAGAAUUAAAAAGAAAUAGUCAUAGUGUAUUAUUUGCAUCCAUUAUUUGUGAAUUGCUCAGAUUAAAAUAAUUUAACAGAUUGCAUGUUAAACUGUACAAGUAUAAAGAUAAAAAUAUAUAGUAAGAAAUUGAAAUAUACAAAACGCUUGCAUCACGUUCUUCUAGCACAGGGGUCAGAAAACUUUUUCAGCAGGGGGCUGGUCCACUGUCCCUCAGACCUUGUGGGGGGCCGGACUAUAUUUUGAGGAAAAAAGGAACAAAUUCCUAUGCCCCACAAAUAACCCAGAGAUGCAUUUUAAAUAAAAGGGCACGUUCUACUCAUGUAGCCUGCCCAUGUCCUAGCAUAAUGGAAGAAGAACAAUAAAAUACUUACAGUUUGCUGUAAGGAUAAAAAUUCAAACAUUUUUAUAUGUCCCCUAAAAGCAAAUUAUGGUUAUUACAAUCUAUUACCUACUCUUCACCCUAAGGCCUUAGGGCAGGUUAUAAUAAUUAAAACACAAUGUUAAUAUUAAAACACAACGAUCAACUUACAAUUACAGAAAUAAAGUGGGUCUUUAAAAUAUGCAUCUCAGGUGUCAAAAGCCAGGGGAAAGAAGUGUGUCAUCAUUCACCAAAAGCUGUACAGUCGUACCUUGGAUCCCAAAUGCCUUGCGAGUUGAACGUUUUGGCUCCCAAAGGCCGUAAACCUGGAAGUGGGCGUUCCAGUUUGCAAGCAUUCUUUGUAACCCGAAUGUCAGGUGCGGUUCUGUGGCUUCUGAUUGGCUGCAGGAGCUUUCGUAAUAUUUACAACUAGAAGAAGGUUUCAUUUUUGGAAUAAUAAAUUUUCAGAGUAGUUUUUACAGUUAGAUCAAAAAUUACUAAUUUGGUUAUACUAUUAGUAAUACAUAGACAGAUAAUUAUGAAAUUAUUGUGAGGUUUAAUAAGUUAACUGUUUAUAUUUGGGCAACUUUUCUGCUGUACUUUAUUGGAAGGAGAAAAAUGAUCAUUUCCUUUAUAACAAUUUAAACAAUUUAUUUAACGAAAACAGUAACAUUAUAGCAUAUGUAUCCAUGUUUGUUAACUGAUGUGCUUAAAUGGUGUAAAAAACGCACACACACCUUAGACUGAGUUUCAGCACACAUGAAAAACUUAAAACAAAUCCUUAUUUCCUGAUGAAUGGCCGUUGGACGAUAAUGUAACUUAAAUAGAAAACUAUCUUUAGAAAGAUUUUUUUUCCUCCAAAAGCAUUUAAUUUUGAAAAUCCAGUUUAAAUUUUGAAAAUCUGAUUUAUAUUUUAAAAAUUGAUUUAAAUUUUGAAAAUCUGAUUUUAAAAAAUCAUUGAUUUUUAUCCACCCUGCAUUGUUUUUACACUUAUGUACAGUGGUACCUCGGGUUAAGUACUUAAUUCGUUCCGGAGGUCCGUUCUUAACCUGAAACUGUUCUUAACCUGAAGCACCACUUUAGCUAAUGGGGUCUCCUGCUGCCGCCACGCCGCUGGAGCACGGUUUCUGUUCUCAUCCUGAAGCAAAGUUCUUAACCUGAAGCACUAUUUCUGGGUUAGCGGAGUCUGUAACCUGAAGCGUGUGUAACCUGAAGCGUGUGUAACCUGAAGCGUAUGUAACCCGAGGUACCACUGUAUCUUUAACCAUCAGCUAUCCACUUGCCAAUACCUGCACAUGCAAUAUUUUAGCAUCUGCUGUAUAUACAAGUGAGGUUACUCCACAAAUGAGCCAAUCCACACUAAAUCAGUAAUUAUCAUUUCUAAAAUAAUUCUCUUUCCAUCUCUAUAUAUGAAAGCCCAAUAGUUCACUUUUACUAGGCGUUUUCCCUUUUAUUCUUAUCUGCGCAGUUCGCUGCGUCCAAGCUUCUGUCCAAGCCUCUUAAGUUUCUGGCCCAAACAUCUCUUCUCGUCAUCUGUUGUCCAUUCUAAAAUAGGACCUGUGACUUGCAGUUUCUCUGUUCGCUAUGAAGGACUCCUUUCAAACUUUUCAUGUUCUGACUUGCUUCCUCAGGCAUUGUCAGCUGUGAGGAGCCCAGUCUUGACCCUUCCGCCAGCAAACAUGUCUCAGUGGCAACAGAUCCAGAAGUUGGAUGGACCUUACCUGGACCAGGUGCACUACCUUUAUUCUGAAGACUGCCUGCCCAUGGAAGUACGAGAGUACCUUGCCUAUUGGAUCGAGGAGCAGAACUGGUAAUGCCACUUGGGUCGCUGUCAAGAAAGGAAACUCCCAUUUCCUGGCUAUUUCUCGCCCCCCAACCUCUACCAUUAUGGGUUCUAUACCAUUUUGGCUUCUCCAUUGUGUAUGGUUGACACCAUACAUUUAACACACUAUGAUAUACCCAGGCCAUUUCCCCCCCAGCCGUAACUCAGUUCCGGCACCUCUCAGGUGAGCUCCAUUUCCAUUAUAAGAGAACAAGGGAUGUGUUCAUUGUCAGUUCCGGCACCUCUUUUUUAAAGAAAAAUACCACUUGAUAACCCUCAAAGAAUUAUGAGAGCUCUGCUUUGUUAUGGAUGCUGAGAGUUUUUAGGAGGUUGGAAAACGAUGGCUGAAAUAUUUUUGUGUUUUCCUAUUGUACUGUUUUGUUCUGUUUUAUUGAGUUAUGUGCUGUGUGUUUUCUUUUCUUUUCUUUUCUUUGUGUGUCUGUGUAGUUUAUAAACCAAUAAAGACUGAUUUUUUUUAAAAAAAGAAAGAAUUCUUAGGAGACGCCCCGAUUCCAUUCACGGAGCUGCAAUUCUCAAAGUGGUUUAACAAUCAAUACCUCUUCACAGGGAACACUGGGAAUUUUAGCCCCAUGAGGGAAGCAAAAUUUUAUGUUGUGUUGUUCCCAUUUCUCACCCACACACCCUGGAAUUUAUUUGCUGCCUCACCACCCCCCCCCCAUUUUCCCCAUCAAAUAGCAGUGACUCUGUCACUGGGAGUCCCAAGUGCGAAGUACUGCGUCUCCUCACCAGCUGCUCUUGGUUUGGACAAGUAAAGCACCCUUGUGGCUAAGGUGGAUUUGAUUUAAAUCAAAUCGAUUUAAAUCACUAGUCAGUAAGACUUUAUUUCAGUCAUUAUUUUUUACAGAAAGACUCAUUCUUGCUGGUAUAAUCUUAAUACUUACAACCAGAUGGAAGUUUCAUUUUUGGAGUACUAAAUUUUUCCAGUGGCGUAGCGUGGGGAGUGCAGGGGGGGGCGGGCGCAACAUCUGGGGGGCGCUCGCUCGCACUCGCAGCUCUCUGCCCCUACCUGGCUCACUCACUCUCUCUCACUGCAGUGCUGGCUGCGAAUCCGAUACGAGCCGCUGGGUCGCCGCCCACUGUGGAGGGGGUGGGUGCCAGGCGUGCGGUGCGGAGAGAGAGCGAGGGACUAUCUGGGGGAGGGACAGUGCAGCGGCCGCCCAGCGCAGCGCUGAGCGCGGGAGGGAACCACACCAGACCAGACCAGGCAGCAGCAAGAAGAAGCUGGCAGCGGCGGCAGGUUAGGGGUUAGGGGGCACAAAUUACUUGCCUUGCCCCGGGUUAGGGGGCGCAAAUUACUUGCCUUGCCCCGGGUGCUGGCAACCCACGCUACGCCGCUGAAUUUUUCAGAGUACAGUGGUACCUCAGGUUGCAUACGCUUCAGGUUACAGACUCCGCUAACCCAGAAAUAGUACCUCGGGUUAAGAACUUUGCUUCGGGAUGAGAACAGAAAUCAUGCUCCAGCAGUGCGGCGGCAGCGGGAGGCCCCAUUAGCUAAAGUGGUGCUUCAGGUUAAGAGCAGUUUCAGGUUAAGAACCACUGGUACCUCGGUUAAGUACUUAAUUUGUUCCGGAGGUCUGUACUUAACCUGAAACUGUUCUUAACCUGAAGCACCACUUUAGCUAAUGGGGCCUCCUGCUGCCACCGCGCCGCCACUGCACGAUUUCUGUCCUCAUCCUGAAGCAAAGUUCUUAACCUGAGGUAAUAUUUCUGGGUUAGCGGAGUCUGUAAUCUGAAGCAUAUGUAACCUGAAGCGUAUGUAACCCGAGGUACCACUGUUGUUUUUACGGUUAUAUCAGAAAUUACUACGACUCCCAUCAUCCCUAGCUUAGCAGGACCAGUGGUCAGGGAUGAUGGGAACUGUAGUCCAAAAACAGCUGGAGGCCUAAGCUGGCAACCCUUGAUCUACAGUCAUACCUCGGGAUGAAUACGCUUCAGGUUAAGCAUUUUCGGGUUGCGCUCUGCGGCGACUUGGAAGUAACGGAAGGCGUUACUUCCGGGUUUCGCCGCUCGCGCAUGCGUAGACGCUCAAAAUGAUGUCAUGCGCAGAAGCGGCAAAACGUGCAGUCGUGGAUCCCGUUCACAUCCAGAGGGACCACUGUAUAUCCUUGUUUUUGUGCAUUUGAGCCAAGGAUUCACCCUCCCUCUGCCAUUUCUCCUUCGUGUUCCUUUCAGGAACGAAGCGGCACGAUCCGACCCUUUGCAGGCUUGCAGCCUUUUCCACACCAUGCUGGGGCUGCUCGACGAUCAACUCGGACGUCUCGUUUUGGGGGAAGAAAACAAUUCUAACAUGGUCCUCAAGCACAACCUGCGCCGCUCCAAACUCAACCUACAGGUAUGGGCCCGGGGUGUUAAGUUUUUAUGCAUAUUGGAGGGCUGAGCCAUAGGGAAACAGCCAAAGCAGAACUAGUAUUUCCCUGGGAAGAUAGGCCGUGGAGAAGGCAAAGGCAUACAAAACUAUAAAAACCAGUUUAAGACCCCAAAAUUCAUGUAAAUGAAAUUCUAUAUACAGUCGUACCUUGGUUUUCAAACAGCUUAGUUCUCUAACGUUUUGGCUCCCGAAUGCCGCAAACCCGGAAGUGAGUGUUCCGGUUUGCGAACGUUCUUUUGGAACCCGAACGUCCGACGGGGCAUCUAAAAAUCUUGAGAAGUAAACGCAGUGCUUAAAAAUGUGCAGUCCAACUGCCACAUUUAAAAACAGCAUACCGUAUUUUUCGCCCCAUAGGAUGCACCUAGUUUUUUUUGGGGGGGGGGGAAAUAAAGAAAAGGAAAUUUAUUUCCCCCCCAGGCGCGGGGGAAGCCCGAGCUUUCCCAGCCCUGAGAACGGCCUGCUAUCCGCAAGCCUAGGGAGCCCGGCGGGAAGUUGCGCCGGUCUCCCCAGGCUUGCGGAAAGCUGCGCGAAGCCCGGGACUGCAGGCAGCUCUGCGCAGCCCUCGGAAGUCGCGCCGGUCUCCCGAGGGUUGCGCAGAGCUUCCUGAAGCCUGCAUUCACCCCAUAGGACGCACACACAUUUCCCCUUCAUUUUUGGAGGGGAAAAAGUGCGUCCUAUAGGGCGAAAAAUACGGUAAUAUCUGAGAUUAAAAUCACAGAGUUUAAAAGGUCUGUGAGGAGAACAACAAAAAAAUCCUGGCAGAACUCAAGUUUUGUGGCAGGGCAUUUGGCAACUGAGAGGCCUCUGUUGAGAAGGCCUAGGAUUGUACUGUUGUUGUUUCUUAGGUUUCUUAUCCACUCAAUGCAAAAUUAAAGUUUAAGGAAGAUUGGGAAACAUUUAUUGACUACAGUGGUACCUCGGGUUAAGUACUUAAUUCGUUCCGGAGGUCUGUUCUUAACCUGAAGCACCACUUUAGCUAAUGGGGCCUCCUGCUGCCGCCGCGCCGCCGGAGCAGAAUUUCUGUUCUUAUCCUGAAGCAAAGUUCUUAACCUGAAGCACUAUUUCUGGGUUGGUGGAGUCUGUAACCUGAAGCGUAUGUAACCUGAGGUACCACUGUAUAUGGAAAAGAGCUGUGUAGAGCCAAAAACACUGGCAGCAUUAAGAUAAAUUCAACAGAGUGAAUAAUUUUGGAUGGAUGUAAACAUGAUUUGAAUGGUUAGAGUAAAAUAUGCAGGGAUGUAUGUGAUAUGUAAAAUGAACCAUGGAAAGAGAAGAAGGGAAGUCACUGGAUAUUCUAAAGUUUGUAAAAUGUUUAUUUGAAAUUGUGAAACAGAAUUUAAUAAAAUUACUACACACACACACAAAAUACAAAAUUAAAAUUGGUUGAAACAACUUCAUAAUUGGAAGAAUGGGAUGAGUCUGUAUGUAUAUGUGCAUUUGUGUGUGUUGUAUUGUGGGGAAAAACCUAGGUGGACUGAAGCCCACUUUAUCGUAUAUAUUGAGGUAUAUCUUUAAUAUCUUCAAUAUAUUCUCAGUUGGCAGUGAGGGAGAGGUAGGGGAUUCAUAUUUAUGUGUGUUACGCACACAUGCAUGAGCAAAGAGAGAAAAUGUGAAAUGCAAAAAGCAUAGAAUUCCUCAAGGUUGUGAUGUGAUGUAACCUUUGGGUAUAGGGCGGUAUAGAAAUAAAAUAAAUAAAUAAAUAUCCCCCCCCUUUUCUGAUUUUUAUUGAGUUUUGUGCAAAUAUAAACAAGACGAGACAUAGCAAACAAAUCUACAGAAAACAAAACAAAAAAAAAGAAAAACGGGGGGGGGGGGGAGAAAAGCAAAUCAUGAACAAAAAUGAAAUGAAUUUAACUAUACAAUACUAUCCAAAACAUCAAUUCUCAAACAAAAUACUUUCCCUUUUGGAAUAGAUCUCUUUUGUUAUCCUAUUUUCAACUUCCAUCUACCUCUCCACAAUUCAUUCUAUCUAUCUGAUACAGAUUUUUCCUGUAUUUCAAUUCCUGUCCUCAUCUUGGAAACAUUUUUUCUAUUUACAGAUUUAUUCUAGGCACAACCAUAUUUUGCUUGUUGAAUCUUGUCUCAUUAGACAAGUGUUAAAGCGUUCCCACUCCUUUUGGACUACAUCAAUUGCUUUAUUCCUAUUUGGUCAUUUUUGCGAGUUCCAAGUAUUCACUUAACUUUAAUUCCCAUUCUUAUCUAGCAGAGAUUAAAUGAAUGAUUGAAUGAAUGUGGGAAGUACCUCCUCCUCCUGUCAGUACUGUAACCGGAUUGUUGCAGCAUGCUUCCAUGUCCUUUUGGGUCAUUUUGCUGUGGCCUUUCCUUCCAGGCCAAGUAUCAAGAUCAUCCAGAGCAACUGGCCAACUACAUUGAUGGCUUGCUGAGAGAAGAGCAAGGGAUCCUCGCAGAAGCCUUGGCUGGGUCGCGGGUAAGAGAAACUCGCUUAUAAUAAAAUAAUAAUAAUUUAUUAUUUAUACCCCGCCCAUCUGGCUGGGUUUCCCCAGCCACUCUGGGCGGCUUCCAACAGAACACUAAAAUACAAUAACCUAUUAAACACUAGAAGCUUCCCUAAACAGGGCUGCCUUCAGAUGUCUUCUAAAAGUCUGGUAGUUGUUCUUCUCUUUGACAUCUGAUGGGAGGGCUUUCCACAGGGCGGGUGCCACUACUGAGAAGGCCCUCUGCCUGGUUCCCUGUAGCUUUGCUUCUCGCAGUGAGGGAACCACCAGAAGGCCCUCGGCGCUGGACCUCAGUGUCCGGGCAGAACGAUGGGGGUGGAGACGCUUGGUGCUCAUGCUGGGCUGCCGGAUCUGCUCCUUGUGCUACAGUUCUCCUCAUCCUCCUUCCGAGCGGCACAAUGUCUCUUGGUCACAGCCCUAGUUUGUUGGAAGCUUCCGCCUCCUUAAUUUCCUCCCAUCGUUUGCUCUCAGCACAUGCUUCUGUUCAGUACAGUGGUACCUCAGGUUAAGUACUUAAUUCGUUCCGGAGGUCCAUUCUUAACCUGAAACUGUUCUUAACCUGAAGCACCACUUUAGCUAAUGGGGCCUCCCACUGCCACCACAUCGCUGCUGCGCGAUUUCUGUUCUCAUCCUGAAGCAAAGUUCUUAACCUGAAGGACUAUUUCUGGGUUAGCGGAGUCUGUAACCUGAAGCGUAUGUAACCUGAGGUACCACUGUAUUUAUGCCACGAGUUGGCAAGGUUUACCGGCCAUGGGCCGAAUCACUCCCACAGAGAUUGUCCGUGGCCCGGUCUGGCGCAGUGCGAUGCUGGAAAUCGCAUCUGCGCAUGUCUGCGGUGCCGGAAAUCGCUUCUGCACAUGCCCAGAUGCCGAAAAUCACACAUGCGCAGAAGCGAUUUUUGGCGUCUGGACAUGCGCACACGCAAUUUCCGGUGUGGCUCGGUUCAGGGGUGGCUCAUGAGCUGGUAAAACGGUCUUUGUGGGCCUCAUCUGGCCUAUGGGCCACACGUUGCCGACCCCUGAUUUUCACUGAAAGUGAGCCAUACUAGUUACUAAAUUGUACAGUAGUACCUCGGGUUACAUACGCUUCAGGUUACAGAUGCUUCAGGUUACAGACUCUGCUAACCCAGAAAUAGUACCUCAGGUUAAGAACUUUGCUUCAGGAUGAGAACAGAAAUUGUGCUCUGGCGGCAUGGCAGCAGCAGGAGGCUCCAUUAGCUAAAGUGGUGCUUCAGGUUAAGAACAGUUUCAGGUUAAGAACAGACCUCCGGAACAAAUUAAGUACUUAACCUGAGGUACCACUGUACUGUGAGGUGCCUUUACUUGCUUUUUGUGCAUCCAUGUUUUCAGUUUGCAUCUUAGAACUGAGCUUGGCAUUGGAAAAUUUGCCAAAUCUGCGCUCACUCUCUCUCUCACUCACACACUGGUGUUACGGUAGCGAAUAGAAGAAUGGUCCAGAUAAGCGAGUAAUAAGAGCAGUGAUGUGUGGUUGACAGAAAGAAGAACAGGGAAGUAUUCACGUAAGGUCCAGGUGGUCAGUCCCUUUUGAAUUUGUUUUUCAAAUGAAUUUUCACAACAGUGAGGGCUAGAAACUUUAAAAUGGCUGACACCUUUGGGGCUCUACAGCAGGCUUGCUUUCUGUGUGCGUGGAACUGGAGAAGAUGGGCAAUCCUAGGCACAUACUAUCUCUGUGUGCCUUCUGCAGUGAUGAUCCUCAGCACCAGUGCAUAGUUUCCAAGUCCGUCUGUUUUGUUUCCUCUCCCUCCCUCUGCAGGCACGGGUGGAACCACCCCCUAGUGCCUCUGUGGUCCUCAACCCACAUCACAACAUUGAGAGCCGGCUCAUGGAUAUGCGAAGGGCUAUUCAGGUGAGAGUGCGUGUGUAAUACCUGCUGGGUUGCUUCCCUUUCGUUGCAGUGUUAUUUGCAGGGAUUUCCAAUUCUCGGAUGUGUUAAUUCAACGGAUCCUGUACGCCACCCAUUUUGUGUGCAAUAUGCUGUGAUCCUCUUCCUGAACCUGUUCAUGCAGUAGAUGCCAGGAGCUAUAGCUGAUAUAAAUGCAGUGUAUUUGUACAGACCCCGUCCCCUCCCAUGACCUAUUGCAGGGUUUAAUUUAGUUUUUAUUAUUAUUAUUAUUAUUAUUAUUAUCAUUAUCGUAACGGGGUGAGCUUCCGUUGCUCGGUUCCUGCUCCUGCCAACCUAGCAGUUCGAAAGCACGUCAAAGUGCAAGUAGAUAAAUAGGUAUCACUCCAGCGGGAAGGUAAACGGCGUUUCCAUGUGAUGUUCUGGUUUGCCAGAAGCGGCUUAGUCAUGCUGGCCACAUGACCUGGAAGCUGUACGUCCGCUCCCUCGGCCAGUAAAGCGAGAUGAGCGCCACAGCCCCAGAGUCGGUCACAACUGGACCUAAUGGUCAGGGGUCCCUUUACCUUAGGCUUCCUUUUCCCCCGGGCAUGUUGCUGGGUGUUCAGAUGGCUCUCAGGGCAUGAGCAUAUUUGCAUAAUAUUUGCAUAUUGUAAUUUUUUAAAUAGAGGGAUGCAAAUGUAAGUGGUGGGUGACUGGGGUCUUCAUCCCACUAUAUCAUUAAGAAUAUCAAAACCGUUUACAAAAAUAUCUGCAUAUAAUAAAAGCACACACGCAAAAAUUAAAACUGUAGCUCAUCAGCUAACGGUCAUGGAAAGAUGGGUUCUUAAUCGCCUGCGUAAACCUGCCAGAAUCGAAAGGUUUUCAGCAGGCGUUUAGAGGUUGAAACAGAAGGUGCUUGCUGAAUCUCUGCUGGAAAAGCUUUUUGCAGGCCUGGUCCGAUGACACUAAAGGCUCUAUUUCCUGUUGAUGUCAAAAGAGCCUCACCAACUUGGGGCAGAGCCAACGUGCGGUUUGGUAAAUGUGAAGCUUGAACGGAGCUUACAGAGAGAAAUGCUUUUUUCCUGAAUAGCAAAUACUUCCUGUAGGCCUAUACAAAUUGGCUGAGUGUUGAAAUGGUUUAGCCCCUUUGGUAAAUAUCUCCUGGUCUAGGCCAUUCCCCUGCUUAAGGGAAAUUGGGAGGGGGACCCUCAAAAGUAAAUAACGGGGGUCCCACCCCUACAACUUGAUUUGGAAUAGGCUUGGAAAAAGGGAUUGUCAACCUCCCCCCAAGAGAAAACGUGUUGUUUCCGUUGGCCCCGUAGUCCAGUGCAAAUUUCAGACCCUGUUUGUGCCUGUUGAUGCCUUUGGGAGUGCUGAGCGGUCUGAGACUUCCGCCUCAAUUUACCCGGUUGUGGAGGCGGCAACUGAUGGCGGGUCUUAUGUGAGGCCCUCAAAUGCUGCCCCGGCGGAAAUCAUGGGAAUUUACUGGGGCAGUAUUUGAAGGUGGCCUUUUAGAGGUCUUGCCAUAACAUCUGUUGCCACACAGAUCACAAUGCGCUCCCUGUCCCACACACUUCAGUUUUUCUCUCACAACCUCCUGUUUUUCAAAAAAGGGGUAGUUGCAUCCCUUCACUCCCAUUUUGGGAAUAGGCAGCUGCUAGUCUGGCAAGAGUUGGUUAUUAUUAUUAUUAUUAUUAUUAUUAUUAUUAAUACACCACCCAUCUGGCUGGGUUUCCCCAGACACUCUGGGCACCUCCCAACAGAAUAUUAAAAACACAAUAAAGCAUCAAACAUUCAAAACUUCCCUAAACAGGGCUGCCUUCAGAUGUCUUCUAAAAGUCAGAUAGUUGUAUAUUUCCUUGACAUCUGAUGGGAGGGCGUUCCACAGGGCGGGUGCCACUACCGAGAAGGCCCUCUGCCUGGUUCCCUGUAGCUUCACUUCUCGCAGUGAGGAAACCGCCAGAAGGCCCUCAGAGCUGGACCUCAGUGUCUGGGCUGAAUGAUGGGGGUGGAGAUGCUCCUCCAGGUAUACUGGGCCGAGGCCGUUUAGACAACAGACAGGCGCUCGGUGUGGGAGUGGGUGGGCUCCUGUUUAGCCCUUACUCUUCAGGUUGGGUUGUCAUGCAGGCAGGGCAUCCCUGGUCCCACCUGUUUGGAGUUGCUUACUUUGACUGAGAAUGCCACCUGGUUCUGCUCCAUAGGGGCUGAAAUGUUCCGUAGGCCAUCUUGAAGAUCUGCAGGAUGCCUUUGACUUCCGUUACAAGACGCACCAGAUGUUGGGUGAGGAAUGCAAGAAGAGUUCACCUAGUCCAGCAUCCUGUUCUCCCAGUGGCCAGUCAGAUACCUUUGGGGAGUCUGCAAGCAAUACACAGUCCUCCAUCCACCUGUGAUUUCCUUCAACUGGUAUUCAGAGGCAUGGCUAAGAUUGGAGGAGAACUGUUCUCUUCAACUGUCCUUAAUUGCUGGGGAUGGUCUCUUUUAAAAACAGACAACUUGCCCUGAUUUCUCUUGCAAAGUCCACAAUCUUUGCCUUCCUGUCUUCUGAUUUCCAUGCCACAUGCCUAAAAACAGCUGGCAGGUGUGGGUAUGUGGGUUUCUGUGUGCCGAACCAUUGUGGUGUCUCUAAUCUCCCAGCUUAGAUUCUGUAGAUGCCUCCAUCUUUCACAUCUCCCCUUUACAAACUCUAGUGGGCUAGCCAUGCCAAUCUAUUGUGGCAACAAAUAAACAAAAAAAUUAAAUUGAGGCACUUCGAAGACUUAUUUAUUGACGGGACUUUUUGCAAAGCAAGGAGAGAGAGAGUUACUGUCACACCAAAACAGCGACUGAAAGCAAAACUCUCUGGUCCUGAAUGGGGUAACUGUGCCCCUGAAGGACCAGGUGCGCAGCCUGGGAGUCAUUUUGGACUCACAGCUGUCCAUGGGGGCGCAGGUUAAGUCUGUGUCCAGGGCAGCUGUCUACCAGCUCCACCUGGUAUGCAGACUGAGACCCUACCUGCCUGCAGACUGUCUCGCCAGGGUGGUGCAUGCUCUAGUUAUCUCCCGCUUGGACUACUGCAACGUGCUCUACGUGGGGCUACCUUUGAAGGUGACCCGGAAACUGCAAUUAAUCCAGAAUGUGGCAGCUAGACUGGUGACUGGGAGUGGCCACCAGAACCACAUAACACCAGUCCUCUGAGAGCUGCAUUGACUCCCAGUUCGUUUCCGAGCACAAUUCAAAGUGUUGAUGCUGACCUUUACAGCCCUAAACGGCCUUGGUCCUGUAUACCUGAAGGAGCGUCUCCACCCCCCAUCUUUCACCUGGACACUGAGAUCCAGCGCCGAGGGCCUUCUGGCGGUUCCCUCAUUGCGAGAAGUGAGGUUACAGGGAACCAGACAGAGGGCCUUCUCGGUAGUGGUGCCCGCCCUAUUGGAACACCCUCCCUUCAGAUGUGAAGGAAAUAAGCAGCUAUCUUAUCUUUAAAAGACAUCUGAAGGCAGCCCUGCUUAGGGAAGUUUUUAAUAUUUGAUGCUGAGUUGUUUUUAAAACUCGAUUGUGAGCCACCUAGAGUAGCUGGGGAAACUGGAGUAUAAAUAAUAAAUUAUUAUUAUUAUAAAAUUAUUAUAAAGAACUCACAAAGGAAGCACAUCCGUAAUGUGCCUUGUGUUUCCUGUCUACCCUUGCUGGCUGGCGAGACGCCAGGAACCGAACUUCCCCGAGGCAAUAGUUGGCAGCUUCCGGUGGGUCCUUCUUGGCUUGUAAGUAGCUACCGCCGACCUCACCCGUGGUAUUAAAUGCAAUUUUUCUCUUGCAGGAAGUACACUCACUCCUGAGGUUGCAGCCCAAAGAACACGGGCAUUGCAGGACAUGGUGAAUAAUGUGAACCGUUGCCGCAAAGUGAGUCUGAACACUAUCUUUCUCUCUCUCUUUUCCAAUGAUAUUUUAUUAAGUUUCAACAUUUUUAACACAUGCAAUAAAAUCACAAUUUCAUCUUUUCUCUUAUUUUUUUUUUUUACUUCCCAUCCCAUUUUCCAUGGAGUUGUUGUUUCUGCCCUUCUGCUGCUCCCUGUCUCCUAUCAAAUCAUAGCCACAAUAUUAUAUUCUAAUUGCUUCUGUGGCUUGUAGCUCAAAUCCUGCUCCUGAGCUCAUCAUACUAUGGUAUUUCUUUAAACUGUCUGAGAAAGGCAUCCAUUCUUCCAUGAAACACUCAUCAUGAGAUCCUCUUAAUUUUGCCCAUCCUGCAUCGUCUACCUUACCCAUUCUUCUUUGGUGGGAACUUCUUCUGCCUUUAUUUCUGUGCAUAAAGAAUCCUAGCUGCAGUUGUUACAUACAUAAAUAACAAAUUUUGGGGGUAUUUCUGCCCCUAUAAUCCCUAACAGAAAUACUUCAGGGUGGUUGUUUUUCCCCAUGCUCACUUUAAACAUCUUUUUUAUCUCGUCAUGUAUCAUUUCCCAAAACACAGUGGUACCUUGGUUCCUGAACGGCUUAGUUGUCAAACAAAUCGUCCCCCAAACACCACAAACCCGGAAGUAAGUGUUGCGGUUUACGAAUGCUUUUUGGAAGCCGAAAAUGUUCCGCUUGAGUGCAGGAAAUUCCUGCGGCCGAUCGGAAGCCACCUUCUAACAGUUUUGGGAGUCAAAUGGACUCCAAGGACGGUUUAAAUUUGAGAACCAAGGUACCACUGUACCCUUGUGAUGUACCCUAUUUUUCGCUCUGUAAGAUGCACUUUUUCCCUCCUAAUAAGUAAGGGGAAAUGUGUUUGCGUCUUAUGGAGCAAAUGCAGGCUGUGCAGCUAUCGCUGAAGCCAGAAGAGCAAGAGGGAUUGGUGUGCAGCGGUCCCUCUUGCUCUUCUGGCUUCAGCGAUGGCCACGCAAAGCCUCUUGAGUGCAGCGGGAGCGCUCCUCCCUCUUCGCUCAAGAGGCUUUGCAUUGCUUUCUUGUUUCUUGUUUUCCUCCUCUUAAAACCAGAUGCGUCUUAUGGUCGGGUGUGUCUUAUAGAGCGAAAAAUACGGUAUGUAUCUUUCUCAAUGUCUUCACUGUGCCAGGGACCGUAGGACCCUCAGUAAUGCCUUGCCGCCUUUGCCACCCCACUUAGGCCUGUGUGUGUGGGUACACUCUUACUUAUUCACAGUCUUUCUACCAGGAACUGCUGGAUCGGAUCAACGAGCUGCUAGGCCGCUCCGAUACCCUGAGGGACUUUCUGCUGGUGGAGCUAGCGGUGUGGCAAGACUGCCAGAGGCGGGCGUGUAUUGGGGACAAUUGUGACACCAGCUUGACAGAACUGGAGAAGUGGUAAGUCUCAAUGGGAAGGUCUGCAGUAAGUUCGCCUGCACCUCCAGCCUGUGCUCCUACCAUCUGUUUUGCUUCACCGUAGGUUCACCGGGAGUGCUGAGAACCUCUUCCAUUUGUUGCUGCUGCUUCGCACCCUGGAGGAGCUGCGCCAGAAGGUGUCCUAUGAAGGAGAUCCCCUGCGGGUCCAGUUGCCCCAGCAGGAGAAGCGGCUGAAAGAGCAAAUUGCCUGUCUUCUGAAAAGGUGCCAAGAGGAAGGGAGGGCACCCGUCGAAUAAGGGGAGACAAGGAAGUGAGUAGGGGGAGAUUGUGGGUGCUGAAGAUCUUUCUGCUUUCUCCCCAGUGCAUUUGUGGUGGAGAUUCAGCCUUCCAUGCCAUUGCCCAACCGCCGGCCUCUGGUGCUGAGAACCAGCAACAAGUUCUCUGUCCGUGCCAGGUGAGGAGAGAGGUCCUUAAUCCAGCAGUGGCUUCCAGGUGGCGGCCAUUUUGGAAUGAAUUAAAAACCACUGGGCAAACAGCUUGGGGUUCUCCAGUUGUUGUCAGGCUGCCAUUGGCCCCAGCCAGCAUGGCCAGGGGGCAGAGGCAGUUCUGUCCUCCACCAGGGCCUUUUCAGUGAUGGCUCCGACCUGGUGGAAUGCUCUGUCCCAUGAGACUAGGGCCCUUCAGGAUUUAACCUCCUUCUGUCGGGCCUGUAAGACAGAGCUAUUCCACCUGGCCUUUAAUUUGAAUUCAGCCUGAUCUUUUAUUUCCCUUCCCUCCCCCUCCCAUUUUAUGAAGAUUACCCUCUCUGAGACCCCACAGCUAAUUCUCUCCUGGCCUCCUCGCUGGCCCAAGUAGGACCAAUUCAGCCAGCUAGCCCUGGGGAGUAUCUAAUUGAUUUUUAUUGUUAUUCAUGUUUUUAUACUGUAUUUUAUGCUGCUUUUAUAAUUAAGUGUUUUAAAGUGCUUUAAAUUUGUUGUUAGCUGCCCCGAGCCUGGUUUUUGAACCGGGAAGUUGUUGUUUAGUCGUUUAGUCGUGUCCGACUCUUCGUGACCCCAUGGACCAGCAAACGCCAGGCACCUCUGUCCUCGAACCGGGAAGGGCAGGGUAUAAAUAAAAAAUUAUUAUUAUUAUUAUUAUUAUGAUGAUGAUGAUGAUGAUGAUGACAGUGCAGCCAUUUCCACCCCACUGGGCACUGAGCUUAGGGGGCACUGCGGUACGUCACAACUUCGACCUAGUGAAUUGAGCAGAACGGGAGGGAGGAAUGGGGUGCCGGAUUUUGGCCUUGCGCAGGGCGUUACUGAAAUUUGAAAGACCAAAGCCAGCCCCUGCCCAGCACAGGGAUGAAUUGGACUUAGGAGGCCAGCAACAUCUUGGAUGGUCACUGUUUCCGCUAUCCCUGAUGGAAGAGGUGAUUGGAUCCGGAGGCUUCUGCUUAUAUGCAUCCAAGAGACAUAUUCAGCAAAGCACAUUGCACUAAAAGCCAUUGAAUUUUAAAAUGAGGGAGCAGGGAAGAUUUGGUUCAGGAAGGACAGAGGCCUGCUGUCAGUGAGGCCUGGUGGUGGGGUUGUGGCAAGGUUGCCAACAGCAGGUGGCACCAGAUCCCACUAAUUCUACAUUUGCUCCCAUCCUCCGUCCUGCUGAAAAAUGGAGAUUUAAGGAGGAAACAGAGCCAGGCUCACACUUGCCCUUACGGAGCGAAACUCCGCUGCCUGCCACUUUUGAUCUUGUGGGUUAUAACAAACUGUUGUUGCCACUUAAUUUAGGCUCCUGGUGAAGCUCCUGGAUCGAAACCACCCGAUGGAGGUGAAGAUUGAGAUCGACCGGUGGGUUCCUCUUGGUGAAGUGCCAAGGUUUUGGUUUCGUUUUAUAGUCGCAUGGGCAGGGCUGAAGAUUGCAGUGGUGCGACUUGUGGGGAGGGCAUAGGGCUGGGUCAUCUUCCGCUAAAAACUCUUUCUUUUUCUUCAUCUCUUGCAGGAACGCUGCUAAUUUGGAAAGGUAAGCAACAGCUGUGGAAAGGCAAUGGAAAAUAGUGAGCCUUGCCCAUUGGGAGGCUGGUGGUGGGGUACAAGUUCUGAUUUGGCACCUACAUGGCAGAGGAAGGGGCAGGCUUUUGCUUACCCAGCAACUUGGGGCCCUUGAGCCAGUAUGGUGUAGUGGUUAAGAGCGGUAGACUUGUAAUCUGGUGAACCGGGUUCGCUUCCCCGCUCCUCCACAUGCAGCCGUUGGGUGACCUUGGGCUAGUCACACUUCUCUGAAGUCUCUCAGCCCCACUCACCUCACUGAGUGUUUAUUGUGGGGGAGGAAGGGAAAGGAGAACGUUAGCCGCUUUGAGACUCCUUCGGGUAGUGAUAAAGCGGGCUAUCAAAUCCAAACUCUUCUUCUCUUGCCAACUUUCUUAUUUAUGCUCUUGAUGUUUUUGCGAUGCGCAUAUGCAAACCCUGCUUUCAGUCCUCUAAAAGUUUCAGGGUAGACAUACACUCUUACCUCGGGUUACAGACGCUUCAGGUUGCACGUUUUCGUGUUAUGGACGUGCCGAAACACGAAAGUACCGGAAUGGGUUACUUCCAGGUUUCGGCGCAUGCGUAUGCACAGAAACACAAAAUCAUGCUUUGCGCAUGCGCAGAAGUGCCAAAUCACAACCUGUGCGUGCGCAGACGCGGCGCUGCGGGUUGCGGACGCUGCGGGUUGCGGACGUGCCUCCUGCACGGAUCACGUUCGCAACCUGAGCGUCCACUGUAUUGCUUUGAUUCCAAUCAGUGCAUCUCCCGUAACUUCCUGCUGAAAUCCCAUAACUCUUCGUACCAAAAAAACAUGUUCCAGGUUGUUGUUUAUUUAUCUUGCUUUUUUUGCACUGAAGUGCAGCUGCCCCUCCAAACGGCAAUAAUGUAAUUAAGGUUAGAGGGGCAUCGCGAGACAUCUAAUAAACUGGAAUGGCGAUUGGACAGUCCAAUACAAAUUGACCACAAAAGUAUUAUUGUUGCAUCCAAUCGCAUGUUGCAGAAUUCCUCUACAAAACACACACACCAGUUUGGAGAUGGUGAUGUGAAAUUUGCUUGCUUGCAUGGUAGGGAAAUUGGCAGCAGGGAGGUGUCUUCUGGGAUGUAGAAAAGGCUCGAUCCAAGUCAUUGCUCAUGAAAGCUGAACCCCAGAACUGGUGCACAUGAGCAGAAGGAAACAUGGCAGCUGGGCUUCCUAUUUUGCUGUUUGAGCAGAAUAAAGGUAAAGGGACCCCUGACCAUUAGGUCCAGUCAUGGCCGACCCUGGCUUUAUUGGCCGAGGGAGCCGGCGUACAGCUUCCGGGUCAUGUGGCCAGCAGGACUAAGCCGCUUCUGGCGAACCAGAGCAGUGCACAGAAACGCCAUUUACCUUCCCGCCAGAGCGGUACCUAUUUAUCUACUUGCACUUUGACAUGCUUUCGAACUGCUACGUUGGCAGGAGCAGGGACCGAGCAACGGGAGCUCACUCCAUCGCGGGGAUUCGAACUGCUGACCUUCUGAUCGGCAAGUCCUAAGCUCUGUGGUUUAACCCACAGCGCCACCCGCGUCCCUUCUUGAGCAGAAUAGCAUAACAAUAAAACUCAACCUGACUAUAAACUUGUUACUGGCCAGCUGGGAAUGGCAAGCUUUCACAGAUUACGUGUGUGUGUGUGCACGCGCUUUUUAAAAUCUCUCCCUCUCUUCAUUUGUAGGUUUCGGAGGUUCAACAUCUUGCCGUCAACCACCAAAACCAUGGUGAUGGACCGGCCCCAGGUGGAGGGGCUCAUCUGUGACUUCAAGUACAUUGUAAGGGCCUGGUGACGGGGGAGAUGCAAAACUCUUGUAUGUUUGCAGCUCUGGGAUGGGAAUUUGUGUUUGUGCAGCUGUGGUGGAAGAAAGACUUGACAAUUCAAGUCUUGAGCUCUGGAAUGACUCACUGUUACCCUGUGCCUCAAACCCCACCCACCUACCCCAAUUUUUUCCUGCUACUGUGGUUGCCACACAAUUCUGAACAACGUGCGGCAAAAUAAAUAUGGAAGACAUUUUGGCCAGCUCUUUUUGAGACUUUCUUCCUCCGUUCUAUGUGGCUCAAACAAGAAAUGUGUUAGGGAGGGGGGUUAUUGGGUCAUUCUUGUUUUUAUUUUUAUUAUUUAUUUUGUGAUUUUAUAUUGUGAUUUUAUUUUGAGAACUGCCCUGAGACCUGCGGAUAUAGGGUGGUAUACAAAUUUAAUAAAUAGUAGUAGUAGUAAUAAGAAAAAGAAUAAAAUUGACUUUCCCUGACCGUUCUUUUUAUUUCCUCUGACAUGAUACCUAGGAGAAAGGAUUCUGGAUUUUUUUCAAGUGAAAAUCUAAACAUCUUUUUCAGUUCGUUAUAGAUAUAUUUAUGUAUGCAACUACGGCGGCAAAGUUAUUGAUUGCCAAAAAUUGGAAAAGUAGCAGCGUCCCAACUAAAACAGACUGGUUAUAUAAAAUGAUGGAAUACUUCCAUAUUGCCGAAAUAACAUGGAGGAUAAGAGGAGAUACGGUACAAAAAGUGAAUAAGGAGUGGGCUAUCUUUAAGGAAUACAUCAAAAUUUAUGUGGAAAAAGUAGAAUUUCUGACAGAUAUUGAGUGAAUCCAGAAAAUGAUAAGAGUGAAAGGAGAGUAAAGUCAGGAUAGAAGAAGAGAUUAAAGAAAUAAUGAAAUGCGUUUAAGCUAGUUGGAAAAAUAAAGUAGCGUAACAAGAACGGCUGGAAGUCAAGUCACUUGGUUGGUGUCCGUGUGGGGUAGGGGUGUAGAUAUGUUGAUAUGUACAGUAUAGGUCGGUAUUAAUGUAGGUAUGUUUUAUGUUAUGAAAAUAAGGUAGUAUGUUGUGUAUGUGUAUCAUGUAAAUGUAUAUAUGUGUUUUAUAUGUUAAUAAGAUUUAAAUAAAUUUUUUUUUUAAAUGACUUUCCCUACUCUAGCUCCUGAGGCCUGGGAAAGAGCACUGUAUUCCCCCAUUUGGGACCUGCUAGGAGGCCUAAAUAUUUAUGAAGAAGACUUGAGCCUAGUCUUUCUGGGGCAGGGAGUGGGGAGGAACAUAAUGUAUGGGCCUUGCUGUGUAUUUUUUUUAGUACAUGUAUGGAGCACACUGCCUCUUCAUUUUUGCUCCCCAUAGUAGCCAUUUUGUGCUGGGACCCACAGCCACUUUUAUAGAGAGAUUAGUCCUGGUGCCUCAUUUCUUUAACGCACACCCCCCCAAAUAAAAUAAAACAAAACCAACAACGAUGCCCACUGGCCUUAUUCACAGGCAGUUUAUGACUGAGCAUCAAAUGCGUGGCAGGAAGGACUUUUCCCUACCAUCAAUUGGGCCUUUGACAUUCAUUUGCUGUAGCUUCCCUCCUCUCCCCCUUUAAUAAUGAUUACCAGUCUCCCAUUUCUCAGUGAGUUGCUCUCUGUUCCUACUCCUCCAAGCUUGCGAUGUCCUUUGUGGUCUACGUUUGCACGAAGAUUAGAGCAGGGGUAGGCAACCUAAGGCCUGGGGGCUGGAUCCGGCCCAAUUGCCUUCUAAAUCUGGCCCGCAGACAGUCCGGGAAUCAGCGUCUUUUUACAUGAGUAGAAUGUGUCUGGGGACGCAGGUGGCACUGUGGGUUAAACCACAGAGCCUAGGACUUGCUGAUCAGAAGGUCGGCGGUUUGAAUCCCCAUGACAGGAUGAGCUCCCAUUGCUUGGUCUCUGCUCCUGCCAACCUAGCAGUUCAAAAGCAUGUCAAAGUGCAAGUAGAUAAAUAGGUACCACUCCAGCGGGAAGGUAAACGGUGUUUCCGCGCGCUGCUCUGGUUCGCCAGAAGCGGCUUAGUCAUGCUGGCCACAUGACCCAGAAGCUAUACGCCGGCUCCCUCGGCCAAAAAAGCGAGAUGAGCACCGCAACCCCAGAGUCGGCCACGACUGGACCUAAUGGUCAGGGGUCCCUUUACCUUUUUAGAAUGUGUCCUUUUGUUUCAAAUGCAUCUCUGGGUUAUUUGUGGGGCCUGUCUGGUGUUUUUACAUGAGUAGAAUGUGUGCUUUUAUUUAAAAUGCAUCUCUGGGUUAUUUGUGGGGCAUAGGAAUUCGUUCAUUCCCCCCCCCCCAAAAAAAAGUCCGGCCCACCACAUGUUCUGAGGGACGGUGGACCGGCCCACAGCUGAAAAAGGUUGCUGACCCCUGUCUUAGAGGCAUGAGAACAGCUUUGACCCCUGCCAGGGGGUGCUGCCCAGCGUGAUGGCGUCUGGUUGCUUCCAGCCCUGUAAACAUGUGGUUCUUCUUCUCUUUGCAGAUGCUGAAGGAGCAGAAAAGUGGUUUGGGCAAAGGCAAGGGCAGCAAAGGGCUCAGUGAGGUGGGUUUGCCUUUCCCAAGAGUGGCUGGUUCAAUGCAGCCGUGAUGUGGCUGUGCUAUUCCUGCUGCUUACAGGAGGAGCAGGCUUAGUGGGGUGGCUUUGUAAGCACACCAAUCCGAUCCAAUCAGUUUAUUACGGCCAUAGACUAGCAGUUUUAAAAUGGCUAAAAAAAAAUUAUAAAAGCAAGAUACAAUAGUUAUGAGAACAAGCCGGAAUAAAAACAGAGAGACAAGUGUCGCUAAGCAACUAGAAUUUUAGCUGCUACUGGAACGAUCCAGUUGAACACUGGAUUGUCGUGUGUCUAAAACGCAAGGUUUCAUAAAGGAAAUAAUAAUAAUAAUAGUAGUAGUAGUAGUAGUAGUAGUGCCUCCAUAAGGCUUGCUGUCCUUGAUUUAUCACGAUUUCCCUGCGGGUAAUAUCUGAUGCACAGAAUCAUGCUAGUGUGUAAUCAGAGGGUUUUUAUCUGAUAACAGGCAUUUUAAAGAGAAGGCCUCAGUUCUCCGCAGACUUAGGUACAAUAUUGCCAUCUCUCAACCUGGGUUUUCCAUUGACUGCUGGAAAUCCAAGGCUCUUAGUCAGACGUAGUACAGACAGAAAAGUGUUUUUCAAGUUAAGUGUGCUCUGUCAUUAUUUCUUUUACUAUAUUCAUCCAUCACUUUCCGCAGGAAGAUGUCUUGAAGGGACUUUGGAAUCCGUAAAAUACAGAACAACUUAAUAAUAAACUGAAAGCCAAAUGCAUUGGGGGCGGGGAAUACAACAAUGCAUACAGUAGAGUUAGUUUGCUUGGAAGCUUGGGGCAUCCUCAUCACAAUAAACUGACAUUGUACUGUAUUUCAUGUCCUUUUUGGCACAGACACACCUAAGUACCGUAUUUUUCGCUCUAUAAGGUGCACUUUUCCCCUCCUAAAAAGUAAGGGGAAAUGUGUGUGCAUCUUAUGGAGCGAAUGCAGGUGGGAGGCUCUGCUCAGUGCUCCCUUUAAAGAGCCGUGUGGAGCGUGUGUGCGGCUCUUGGCUUUUCCCUGAGGAGGGAGAAGGGCUGCCUUUCUCCUUCCUCGGGGAAAAGCCCCCAAGAGCCGCAUACACACUCCGCGUGCUCUUUAAAGGGAGCGCGGCUCUUGGGGGAGCCUUAGCCGUGCUGCCCCCCCCCCCCCCGGGCAGGGGAUGAAGGCUCCCCUUGCCCGGGAGAGGCUGCGCGCAGCAAUCCCAUAAGCCAGGACAGCAAGCGGGAUCGCUGCGCAGCGCUCCCUCUAGCUGUUCUAGCUUCUGGCUUAGCCGCAUGAAGCCUCAGCAGGGCACGGGGAGCCUUCAUCCUGCUCCCCUGCGGAGGCUUCGUGCAGCUAUCCCUGGCUUUUGCGGAAGGUGGGGGAAAGGAUAGAGCCGCGCGGCGCUGUCCCUUCCCCCACCUCCCAGAAAAGCCCCCAAGAGCCGUGCUCCCUCUAAAGAGCGUGCGGCUCUUCUGGGAGGAAAGCCAGUAGGCUUGCUUUCGCUGAAGCCAGGAGGGCAAGAGGGAUCGGUGCACAGGGAUAGCCCUGCAAAGCCUCCUGAGCGAAGAUGGAGGAGCGCUCCCUCUUAGCUCAGGAUGCUUUGCGUUGCUUUCUUAUUUCUUGUUUUCCUCCCCUAAAAACUAGGUGCGUCUUAUCGUCCGGUGCGUCUAACAGAGUGAAAAAUAUGGUUCUUGGGAGCGUGUAUAGUCCGUUGUUCUAACACUUCCCGCAUCUGAUGGAUGGACUCUAGCGUACAGAAGUUCACAACCCAAGAAAUCUUUAAUGUUCUAGAAAAACCUGUAUAAAAUAACAGACUCAACUAGGUGUGUGCCUCUUGCCUUUGCUAAUUCUCAUUCUCUCUCCCUCCCAUAGGGAUUAUUGCCUGUCACAGAGGAGCUUCACACCAUCACUUUCAUCCUGGACUAUUGCUACCAAGAUUUUACCUGUCAGCUUCAGGUAUGAGGACCUCAGUGAUGAAGUUAGGUUGUGGUGGUGGUUGAAUGCAACCCUCUUACUGGCCAGGUUGCUUGAAGUUAGCCUACUGAAGAAAUGAACCUAUGCUGCCAAUUCUCAUAGUAAACCAGUAUGAAGUAAGCAGCACAUAAGCAGCACACAAAACACUACCAAACAAACCAUUCUACGUUCUAAAUCUUAUAUUAAUAAUCCAAAAAUUGAGAGAACAAGGUACAAGAAGCCACAAACAGAAAACUCAUUCAAAUUGUGUCCAAAAGGAAAAUUCAGUCUUUAAAGUUCCUUUAGCCAGGCUCCUGUAGAUUUCAACAAAGGUAAGUUUGAUCAAACGAGGUGUCGGCGAUGUUACGCUCAAGGGUUAGAUAUCAACGAAGAUUAAAUAAAAUUUCUAAAUAAUAUCUGAACAGGCAAGUACAAAAGUCUCUAUUGGAGUCCAUAUGUUACAUUCCUUCUUGGCUUAAGCUACAAUAUUUAAUUUCUUUCUUCAGGAAAUUCUCCCUCAAGAUUUUGGUGUGUUUACAGACAUUCACUGGUGAUAUAAACCAAAACCUGAUUAACCUUUAAACAUUCAUUAUGUAAUUUCUGAGAAUAUAAAUACGAAAAUCAAUACUUGCACUUCAUAUGUUAAGUUCUUUCUUGACUUAAGCAUUUAUUUUAUUUAAACACUAAUAAGUUUUGGUUUGUACCACCAGUGAAUAUUUAUAAAUAUAUCAAAACCGUGAGAGAGAAUUUACUGAAGAAGCCCAAGACUCUUCAUGGGUGAAACAGGUGACAAACGCCGGCACCCUGUUUAUCUCUUGUGCGUAACAUCACCAAAUCUUCGUUUGAUCAAACUUAUCUUCGUUGAGAAUAUUUUUGUCACUGCAGAAGAACGAGAUGGCGCUGAGAGGAGAUUGGGAAGAAGGAAGAUCCAUUAGGCCCAUCUGUCAACUGCCUUCCUCGUGUUUUUGCCUCAGUUUGUGAAUACUGGUCAAGGAGAGAGCGGAAUUUGUCAUAUGGGGACCAUGGCCUUUUUAAUUUGGCCCAGGGUCUGGGAUUGGCAUUUAUUGCUGCUCUUUCAAGAUUUGUGAUCUUUCUCCUCUUAGACAUCCACUUUGCCGGUGGUGGUCAUCUCUAAUACCAACCAGAUGUCCAGUGCUUGGGCCUCUAUCUUAUGGUACCUCACGUUCAGUCCAAACCCAACGGUAAGAAACAUACUACAUUUCUCUCUUUUUUGGAAGCCUUCUCUGUGGGGUAGGGUUGACACCCUAGCCAGAAAGCAUUUCGUUUCAUUUCACUUUUAAUUUGUAUACCACCUUUUAAAAUUACUAUACAUAAGGUGGUUCGCAAGCUGAAGAAACAACAAAAUACACAAAAAAGAGCAUAACCUUAUAACAAUCUGAUCCAAUACAAAAAAACCAUAAUAAAAACAUAACUUUGAAAUAAACGACUUAUGUCAAGCAAAGUAAUAUUCAACAACCCAUUCGAAUGUAAUACUAUAUAAUAAACUUAUAUCACCUGAGGCCCUUCUCUGUGUGCCUUCUCAGCGUGAGCUUCCAGAAGGUGGCAACACGAGAACAGGGCCUUUUCUGCAGUGGCUCCCCGCUUAUGGAAUGCUCUCCCCAGGGAGGUCCGGCUGCUGCCUUCAUUAUACACCUUUAGGCACCAGGCAAAAACGUCCCUCUUUACCUUUGGUUGAUUUGAUUGACAUCCUGUGGGGUGUUUGUGGGGUGUGUGUGUUAUUGGGUUGUUGUUUUUAUUUUGAUUAUGUCCUUUGUGGUUUUAUAUUCUGGUUUUAUUCUGUGAACCACUCUGACACCUGCAGGUAUAGGGUGCUAUAUAAAGAAUAAGAAUAAAUAAAGCAGCAAAUAAUAAUUUUGUUAUUGGGUUGUUGUUUUUAUUUUGAUUAUGUCCUUUGUGGUUUUAUAUUCUGGUUUUAUUCUGUGAACCACUCUGACACCUGCAGAUAUAGGGUGGUAUAUAAAGAACAAGAAUAAAUAAAGCAGCAAAUAAUAAUUUGAUUCAGAAUUCCAGUAUAGAAACUGCUGUCACUUAGAUGUGGAUACCUUGCCCAUGUUUAGCCUGUAGCGACCCCUCAGUUCAGAAGAUGGCAGAUUAAUAGCCCCCCCACAUACACCUUGAGCAUGCUUCAGAGGAUACCCAGAGACACUCCCUGGAGAAACAACCACUAACUUUGGCGCUGGUCGCCUUUUAUUUCCGGACUCCAUUCCUUGUGUGUGCUCCACAGCACACGACACUGCGCAGGGCAUGUCCCUGCAGCAGUCUUGCACAUGUGUCGACCCGUGACUUUUCUCCCCACAGGCAACCUGCUCUUCCUACAUGAAAGUCGCUUCUGUGUACAGUGGUACCUCAGGUUACAUACGCUUCAGGUUACAGACUCUGCUAACCCAGAAAUAUCACCUCGGGUUAAGAACUUUGCUUCAGGAUGAGAACAGAAAUCGUGUAGCGGCGGCGCAGCAGCAGCAGGAGGCCCCAUUAGCUAAAGUGAUGCUUCAGGUUAAGAACAGUUUCAGGUUAAGAACGGACCUCCAGAACGAAUUAAGUACUUAACCCGUGGUACCACUGUAGACAACAUGGCACUCUCCCACAUGUUGUUGGAUUCCAGAUCCCAGCAGCCUCAGCCCCAUGGCGAACGACGGGCCUGGGACUUGGAAUGUAGCAACACCUUCAGGGUUCCAUGUUGGGUUUUUGUAACUCUUGCGACGUUGUCCCGGCCAGUUUUGUAUCCAAAGCUUUUGAUCGUCCCGGAUUUCCCUCCAACCUCAUGCCCUGUGUCCCUCCUGUUCCCUAAAUUGGUCUCACCUGGCUCACUGUGUGUGUUUUCCCUCUCCCCUCCUGUCUUUCUCUCAGAACCAGCUAUUUUUCUGCAAUCCACCUGCUGCCACCUGGGACCAGCUGUCCCCUGUCCUGAGCUGCCAAUUCUUGGCUGCUACUGACCGAGGCCUAAACGCAGAUCAACUCAAGAUGCUGAGAGAGAAACUCUGUGGUAAUGGGGGAGUCUGGUAAUGUGGGGCCAGUGUAGUGCAGUGGUUCAAUUUAUUUUGGAUUUUCAGAACCCCACCAUUUAGCUUUUAUCCAUUUCCGCAGUCACACAAUCAAUCAAUCAAUCAGUAGCUGAACUGGGUUCCACACGGUCACAAAAACAAAUGAACCGAAAAAGCCUCAAAAACGCAAAAUAGAUGGCAAAAACAAAAGCGCCAAACUUGAUCCGUUCCGGAAGUCCGUUUGACUUCCGAAAUGUUUGAAAACGUAGGCGCAGUUUCUGAUGGGUGCAGGCGCCCCGGAAACAAUAGCUGACAACCACAUCGGAUGUUCGGCUUCCAAAAAAUGUUGGGAAACCGGAACGCUUUAUUCUGGGUUUUCGGCGUUAGGGAACCAGGGCAUUUGAGAACCAAGGUACCACUUUUCAUCAGUGACCAUGAAUGUAGAGCCAGGGUUGGUGGUAGCUGCUCAAGAUAGAAUGAACAGAGUGUUACCGUAUUUUUCGCUCUAUAGGAUGCACUUUUUCCCUCCUAUAAAGCAAGGGAAAAUGUGUGUGCGUCUUAUGGAGCGAAUGCAGGGGGGAGACAGGCGGGAAAAGCCCCCAAGAGCCGCACACAAGCUCCGUGCGUCUCUUGUGGGCUUUUCCCCAGGAGGGAGAAGGGACUGACUGGCCGCAUCAGCCCCUUCUCCCACCUCGUAGAAUAGCCCACAGGAGCCACGCACCUUUUAAAGAGCGCGUGGCUUCUGCGGACUUCUGCGGGAGGUGGGGGAAUUCCCCCACCUCCCGCAAAAGCAGGGAGAAGGUCUGGGAGAAGAGUACAGGCUGCGCGCUUCUGUCCACUUCUCCCAGAGCUGGGCGGGGGGGAUUACAUUUUUCCCCUUGAUUUCCCCCUCUGAAAACUAGGUGCGUCCUAUGGUCAGGUGCGCCCUAUGGAGCGAAAAAUACGGUAUCUUCUGUUCCCUUAAGUCCAUAAAGUGGAAGUAAGGGGGGGUGCCAAAGAAGGGUCAACUAACAGGCCUCACCCCCCAUUUCUGUCAGAACAAUUAUGCAGCUCACUUCUUGCCUUUUCUUUCCACCGAAGGACCAAAUGCAACAUCGCAGAGCACAGUCACCUGGGCACAGUUUGCCAGGGUAAGCGCCGCCCCUGCCUCCUCCUCCUGCUCACCGAAGCGCCUUUCCCUCUUCUUAUUUCCUCUCCCCUUUCCCCCACAGCCUACUUCGUACGCUUUCUCCUUCUGGACCUGGAUUGAUGGCAUCUUGCUCCUGAUUAAGGAGCACCUCCUGCAACUCUGGAACAACAAGUAAGGAGAGGGGUGGGGAAGAAGAGGGGGGAAUUUGGCUUCUUCCUUCUCCAAUAGCAGAACUCGAGGAGUCACACAAAGCCUUUAACGGCAACGGCCUCAGGAGGGCGCUGUUUGCUAGGGGGCGUUUUGCCCGUCUCCACCACUCGUUGCAAAAGCCACCUGAGUUCUUUGCAAAUACGCCAAACCCCCUUUCAUAGAAUGAUAGUUGUAGAGUUGGAAGACAUUGUCUUGCCCAAUGCAAGAUGGUUCUUUUCAAAUUGGAUUCAGAAGCAACACAAACGCAAGUGGGUGAGAAGGUUACAGAUUUUAUUCCAAGCAGCAAGUAGUAUAUACAUUACCAAGCGAGCACUUCACUCCACGGGGAAUUGACCCCCAGGUAGCCUUUGAUGCUCAGCUCUGCGGCAAACAGAUUGUGCCAAACUCCCAACUGUGAUACAGUGGUACCUUGGCUUACAUACGCUUCAGGUUACAGACUCCGCUAACCCCAAAAUAGUACCUCGGGUUAAGAAUUUUGCUCCAGGAUGAGAACAGAAAUCGUGCUCCGGCGGCGCGGCAACUGCAGGAGGCCCCAUUAGCUAAAGUGGUGCUUCAGGUUAAGAACAGUUUCAGGUUAAGAACGGACCUCCAGAACGAAUUAAGUACUUAACCUGAGGUACCACUGUAUUCAAAACUACAGGUGAAAUUUGAAAAAUUAGAAUAUUGUGGGAAAGUUAAUUUAUUUCAGUAAUUCAACUUAAAAGGUGAAACUAAUAUAUGAGAUAGACUCAUGACAUGCAAAGUGAGAUGUGUCAAGCCUUUAUUUGUUAUAAUUGUGAUGGUCAUGGCGUACAGCUGAUGAAAAGCCCAAAUUUACAAUCUCAGAAAAUUAGAAUAUUAAAUGAAAUCAGCAAAACAAGGAUUGCAAAUAGAGCAGUAUUGGACCUCUGAGAAGUAGAAGCAUGCAUAUGUACUCAGUGCUUGGUUUGGGCCCCUUUUGCAUCAAUUACUGCCUCAGUGUGGCAUGGCAUGGAUGCUAUCGACCUGUGGCACUGCUGAGGUGUAUGCCAUGACCAUCACAAUUAUAACAAAUAAAGGCUUGACAUACAGUGGUACCUCGGGUUAAGUACUUAAUUCGUUCAAGAGGUCCGUUCUUAACCUAAAAUUGUUCUUAACCCAAGGUACCACUUUAGCUAAUGGGGCCUGCCACUGCUGCACGAUUUCUGUUCUCAUCCUGAAGCAGAGUUCUUAACCCGAGGUACUAUUUCUGGGUUAGCGGAGUCUGUAACCUGAAGCGUAUGUAACCUGAGGUACCACUGUAUCUCGCUUUGCAUAUCAUGAGUCUAUCUCAUAUAUUAGUUUCACCUUUUAAGUUGAAUUACUGAAAUAAAUGAACUUUUCCACGAUAUUCUAAUUUUUCGAGUUUCACCUGUAGAUGCUGUCUCAGCUACCCUGCCCUACAUCCAAGUCACAUACUGGCCAGUGCAUGUUUUCAGUAAUUGAGUAAAUUCCUUGUCCUUGUCACUCAGGGGAGGGGGCUGCAGGAAGAGAUCGUCAUAAAAGUAAUUUUAUUAUUUGUACCCCACCCAUCUGAUGUGAGGCUACAGUUGUCGGGAGGGAGUUAAGGCAGCGCAAAGGUGGCAGCUGUUUGACCUCGAUAUUUCUCCUCUUCCCACUUGCAUCGCAUCCUAGCCUCAUCAUGGGGUUCGUGAGCCGCAAGCGGGAGAGGAGUUUGCUGAAGAAGAAGAGGGCAGGCACCUUCCUGCUGCGCUUCAGUGAGAGCACCGCAAAUGGGGGCAUCACCUUUACCUGGGUGGACUUCGACAACACAGGUUAUUUCCUGGAAUUCUCUCCCUUGCCUUGCCUUGUGGUGCCAGUGUGGUGUAGUGGUUAAGAGCGGUAGUCUCGUAAUCUGGUGAACCGGGUUUGCUUCCCCUCUCCUCCACAUGCAGCUGCUGGGUGACCUUGGGCCGGUCACACUUCUCUGAAGUCUCUCAGUCCCACUCACCUGACAGAGUGUUUGUUGUGGGGGAGGAAGGGAAAGGAGAAUGUGAGCCGCUUUGAGACUCCUUAAAGGGAGUGAAAGGCGGGAUAUCAAAUCCAAACUCUUCUUCUUCUUAAUCAUCACAGUGUGUGUGUUUUUCUGCUGUUCUUUUUUAAUUCUUCUUGGGGGGGGGGUUUAAAAAAACAAUUUUUCCAAUGCUUCAUUGUAUUUUUUAACUUACGCACUGAUUAGAGAUGUGAAUCCCUUUUAAAAAAUCUGUGAAAAUGGGGGUGGAAUGUGGGGAACAGUUGUCCCUGUGACAACUUUGCCUUGCUCAGCGGGGGAAAUAUAAGUAUGAUUUCUGUGUAGCAGUUAGAGAGUUUUUACCUUACUUCCCUCUGCCAUGUUAAGCUGGAGAGUUAGUGCCCCUUUGUGUCAGCACACAGAAACUUUAUGGUUCAAAGAUGAGUUUUUAGGCUUGCAGUAAAUCCAUUUCCUUUAAUUAGUAUAACUUAAUCAAGCAUUCGGACAAGAAGAUAAGCAAGGUUAAAAACAACAUACAGUCCAAGCUACGAUUGCAAAUCUGAAGUAUUGAUUAUUGAUGCAGAGCUGGGAAAUGCUAAUUAAAUCAAGCAAGUUUGGGCUGUCUCUGAAGGACAUGACAAAAACCAAAAGAAGCCUUUUAUUUUCAUUUUUUAUCAUUUUAACUGGAUUGCACUGGGGUAAGGAAAAUCAGCUAUAGGGCCUGUUCUUGUGUCCCUGGAACCAGCAAAAACAGGUGUGGGAGUGGGAAUAUUUGCCACCAGUCCCCCAUUUUCAGGGAGUCCCCCCCCCCCCCAGGCCUUUCCAUCUCUAUACCUGAUAAGUGUGUAUGAGAACUAGGGAUGGAGAAAUCCAUUGCAGUUCAUGCCCAGUUCUACACGGGGGCAGAACUAAGUCCAUUUCCUUUUGCUUUCCUGCAGAUUUGAAGGUGAAAAUCCUUUAAAUACAAAUUAUUAUUAUUAUUUAAGUACUUACAAGGUGGUCCAAAUAAAUAAACAGAAUGCAUGAACCAGCACCAGGAUUUUCCAAAAUGAGGUAUUGAUACACCCUCGCAUUUUUGUCAGUCCUUCUGAACUCUCCUCAUGUGUUUAGUGCAGUGCCAGAUUUACGUAUAAGAUAAACAAGCGGGUGGCGCUGUGGGUUAAACCACAGAGCCUAGGACUUGCCGAUCAGAAGGUUGGCGGUUCGAAUCCUCGCAACAGGGUGAGCUCCCGUUGCUCGGUCUCUGCUCCUGCCAACAUAGCAGUUCGAAAGCACACCAAAAAGUACAAGUAGAUAAAUAGGUACCGCUCCGGCGGGAAGGUAAACGGUUUUUCCGUGCGAUGCUCUGUUACGCCAGAAGCGGCUUAGUCAUGCUAGCCACAUGACCCGGAAGCUAUACGCCGGCUCCCUAAGCCAAUAAAACGAGAUGAGCGCUGCAACCCCAGAGUCGUCCGCGACUGGACCUAACGGUCAGGGGUCCCUUUACCUUUCAACAAGCUAAAGCUUAGGGCCCCACCCUCUUGGGGGCCCCCAAAAAAAUUUAAGAGAAAAAACCUGGAUGUAUUAAUAGACUUAUUCUUAAUUGUAUUUCAGUUCAACAAUUACUUUGAUAAAAUACAUAUUUUGUUAUGUGCAAAUGGCUUUGGAUACCUAUUAGGUCCAUAAAUUACCAUAUAGCAGAUAUUCAACACAAAAAAGCAACAAUUUGUUGUUGACAAAGGACAGCUGGACGUAUAAAGGGCCCCAUCAAACCUAAAUCGGGCCCUAUGCUGGUGAGAUGUAGGCAGACCAUUUUCAUUCUAAGCCUGCCUGUCUGUUUUAUUUAACUUUUAUAUAGCUGCUAUUCAGUAAAUAUUCCCUUGGUUUCUUGUUACAAAACAAUUAUUUAAAACCAAAACCAAAAACCCAGUAAUAGAAUCUUUAUAAUCGUCAACAAACACUAGAAGAUAAGACGGUGGGAAUUCUUGCAACAGAGAUAGCCUAAGAAGAAUUUACGUAUUUAAAAUGCAGUUUUGAAAAAGCUUGCAUGAACAAAACUAAUUCCACCUGACGACCUGGCUGGUAGCCAGAUUCUGCGCCCAGAUUUGUAGGAACAGAUCAUUCUCUAGAAUAAAAUAGCUUACUAGGGAAAUACUGAAGUUGCCCUUUGGGGUGCCUCAGGGUCAAUUUCUAUGGUAGCCCAAAUCUCAGUUGUACGGGUGUAUGUAUAUAUCUCAAUUUUAACUCAUGAGCUGUUGCUGCAAUCUGCUCUGAUUGUCUAUUUUAACUUUAUGGACGCUGUUUUUACUGUGUUAUGCGAGCUGGUCUUUGACUGUAAUAAAUUAUCUAUCCAUCAUCUGGAUGGGUUGAUCUCCAGACAAGAUCAGAAAGAACUCCACCUGACACUUUGACUAUGUGUUUCUAACCUCUGCAGGUUCCCCCAGGUUCCAGUCAGUGGAGCCCUACACCUGCGUCGAGCUAAAGUCCCUGGCGCUGCCAGACAUCAUCCAUGACUAUCACUUCCUGGCUAUGGAGCAAAAAUCUGAGAAUCCACUGAAGUACCUCUAUCCUGACACGCCCCGGGAUUCAGCUUUUUCUCCUUACUAUAGCGAACGCCGGGAAGGUAUUCCUGCCUGCCAGAUUGUCAUGGGGUUCCCUCUUUCAUGACACUCUUCUAUGCCCUGAAUUCCAGGGCAUUCGGAUGUCUUGCAUUUUCACGUUUAUGGGCCCGGCUUAUAUGUAUUCAGUAUUUCUGUAAUCUCGCCGUGCAGAAUUCAGCCUCCUCAGGUGAUGAUUAUGAUUUACUGAAUUUAUAUACUGCCCUAUACCCAUGGGUCUCAGGGAAAAGAUAGAAAACCACAAAAUACCGUAUUUUUCGCUCUAGAAGACACACCAGAGCAUAAGACGCACCCAGUUUUUGGAGGAGGACAACAAGAAAAAAUAAUAUUCUGAAUCCCAGAAGCCAGAACAGCAAGAGGGAGUGCUGCGCAGUGAUCCCUCUUGCUGUUCUGGCUUUUGGGAUAGCUUUUCUGGCUUUUGGGAUAGCUGCGCAGCCUGCAUUUGCUCCAUAAGACGCACACACAUUUCCCCUUACUUUUUAGGAGGGAAAAAGUGCGUCUUAUAGAGUGAAAAAUACGGUACAUAAUAAAAGUUAAAACAACAACCCAAUAACACACCUCCCCCAAAAACCCACAUUUUAAAAGGGCAUGGGGUGUAAAUCAGAUCAACCCGAAGGCUUGGUUAAAAAGAAACGUUUUUGCCUGGUGUAUAAUGAAGGCGCCAGCUGAACCUCUCCAGGGAGAGCAUUCCACAGACGGGGAGCCACUGCAGAGAAGGCCUGUUUUUGUAUUGUCGUCCUCUGGACCUCUUGAGGAGGCAGCACACGAAGGAGGGCCUCAGAAGAUGAUCUCAGGGUCCAGGUAGGUUCAUGUGGGAAGAGGCAGUCUUUAACGGAUUGGGGUCCUGAGCCGCAGAGAACUUGAUUGCUGGUGAGGUGAGGUUUUGAAACAACAUCUGCAGCUUUUAUGGCUGCCAUGAUGAUGAUGAUAAUCAGGCUUUUUUUCAGCCGGAACUCACUAGAUGUCAGUUCUGGCACAUCUCAGGGGAGCGCCAUUGCCUUUGGUUAUCCUUUGGUUAUCCUCACAGAACUCUAGCCCAAUGGUUGCCAUGAAUUUGAUUGGAAUUAAUUCUAUAAUGAAAUGAUUUUAGAAUGUUUUAUCGUUUUACUGUUGUUAGCCGCUCUGAGCCCGGCUUCGGCUGGGGAGGGCGGGAUAUAAAUAAAAUUUAUUAUUAUUAUUAUUAUUAUUAUUAUUAUUAUUAUUAGAGAAUAAGGGAGGUGUUCAUUGUGAUUUCCGGCACCUCUUUUUCUAGAAAAAAAGCACCAACGAUAACUAUGGUAAACUUUAUAUGCUGCCAUCUAUGUCAUAGAACUUCACAGAGUAAAAUAAUUUACAACAAAAAGAAGAAAAAGCCAGAGCCUCUGCUCUGCGGAGUUUACUGUCUAAGGGUGAAGACAGAUAAUAAUUAUACAAAACCGGAACGUGCAGCAAAUUUUUCAGCUCUGCUGUGGGCCUGGCUUAGCCCCAAAUUUGGACAUGCACACCAGCAAGUUGAAGGUUAACUCAGCUGUUAGUCUUGCCCCCAUACUUCAAGUAGGCUCUCCUUUUAUUUUGGGGAAAUUAAUAAAGGAAUGUUUUACAUGAAGGCUUACCUACUUAUUUGCCAUUGUAUUGGCUGUUAAGAAAGACUUCUCCAUGGGUUGGGGUGAAGGGAGCAAGGUUCAUUGGUCACAUCAUCAGGGGAAGGCCAAUCAGUGCUGCUGGCUUCUGCUUCACACUUGCAAACCGCCUGCCCCUGAGCUUGUCUCUUGAGAAUUAAAAUACCGUAUUUUUUGCUCCAUAAGACUCACUUUUUCCCUCCUAAAAAGUAAGGGGAAAUGUGUGUGCAUCUUAUGGAGCGAAUGCAGGCUGCGCAGGUAUCCCAGAAGCCAGAACAGCAAGAGGGAUUGCUGCUUUCACUGCGCAGUGAUCCCUCUUGCUGUUCUGGUUUCUGAGAUUCAGAAUAUUUUUUUUUCUUGUUUUCCUCCUCCAAAAAUUAGGUGCGUCUUGUGGUCUGGUGCGUCUUAUAGAGGGAAAAAUACGGUACACUUGGACAUUAAUCUGGUGCUGGGGCUUCAUAGACCUCCAUAGGUUCUACAGUAAAAGUGUCACCCUGAAAACACUUCCAGAAUGCUUCCACAGCUCUAAAAACAUUGUGUCUGCCUUCACUCUUAACACAGCAUCCACACAACAUUGUUGGCCAACCUGUUUCCCCCUCUAGAUAAUCCAGAUUUCCCCUUUCCUCUACACAGAUGAUAUUUGCUUUUUAAAAAAAUAAAUAAAUCAUAGUUACUAACUCUGCAACUCAAAAACUUCAAAGUAAAUUAUUCCUUUUUUAUAUAUAAAAAGGUGUGCGUUUGCAUAACAACAAGACAGAUUUCCAGAUCUCUUCUCAAGCAUAGAAUUCGAGUAACAUUUGUACAAACUUCAGGCACUCUCUGAAUGCAGACUCCACUGAGGCAGAACUCAUGGGUGCUGAGCUCAGUGCUGUCUUCCUUGCUUUGGUUGGUGAGGGGUCCAAUCCUGCUUCUAGCUCCCUUACACACCCUUUUUUCUCUCCUUCCCAGCGGACCUGACAGAAGAGAGACGCUACUUGAACCGCCGCCUGAUCAGAGUCUCGUCUCAGUAAGUUGUGCCAUCUCAUCCCAUGUCAGCCUCUUCGAGAGCUUACCGUAUUUUUUGCUCCGUAAGACACACUUUUUUCCUUCUAAAAAGAAAGGGAAAUUGCCUGUGCGUCUGAGCGAAUGCACUGGACCACAGCCAUGGCUCCCGUCAGUCAAGCAAAGCGGGAGCCGCUUACAGGGCUUCUGUCCCGCUUUGCGCGGCUCUCCCUUUGUUUGCUUUACAGCGAGCCGGGAGGAGGCAGGCGAUUCAGAGCCAGCGGGUGCUUUUAAAAGCGGUGCCUAGCUAGCAACAGCUGCAGCAGCCUCAGCUAGCAAAGGUCCACGCGCUCCCUAAACGGAGCAAUGAGGCUGCAGAGGGACGGCAGGGCACAGGAGGGGUUGGAUCCGGAAGGAUAAAAUUUAAGCAACCCACCCAUAUUUUUCUGUGUAUAAGACGAUGCUUUUGACUAAAAAAAAAAGGCAAAAAUUGGGUGUCGUCUUAUACAUGGAUAGUGAAUGCGGAGGGGGGAUGUGCAAUUAAUGGCAGAAGCAAGCAGGAGAUUGGCAGUUGCGAUUGGGCGGGUGGUUGAUGGCUGCAGCAAGACCUGCUGGCAAUUGGCUGUGGCAAUUUGGCAGGCGAUUGCUGGCUGCAGCAAGUGGGCGGGUGGGGUGUUGGAGGUGGCGAGUGAGCAGAAAAUUGUCGGCUGCAGUGAGGUGUGCAAUUGGCAGUGGCUGUGGCAAGCGAUCAGCUGUGGUGGGCAGACAGGUGAGUGAUUGGGAGAAGUGACCUCCCCACCCCCCAAAAAAGCUAAACAACUUAAUUUCGGGUUUUAAAAAAAUAGUGUCGUCUUAUACAUGUGGCAUCUUAUACACAGAAAAAUACGGCAUGCAUGUGUGUGUGUGAUAUAUAUAUAUAUAUAUAUAUAUAUAUAUAUAUAUAUAUGUUCUUAUUUAUCCAGGCAGCCAGAAGAGGCCCAGGUUCCCAGGCCGAAUGAUUUGGCCCUUGCAGACGAUGAGCACUUGAACCACGAUCUGGCGGGAUUGGAGCACUGCGUUCAAGUUCCCAGGCUGAAUGGUUUGGCCCUUGCAGACGAUGAGCACUUGAACCACGAUCUGGCGGGAUUGGAGCACUGCGUUCAAGUUCCCAGGCUGAAUGGUUUGGCCCUUGCAGACGAUGAGCACUUGAACCACGAUCUGGCGGGAUUGGAGCACUGCGUUCAAGCUCCCUGGCUGAAUGGUUUGGCCCUUGCAGAUGAUGAGCACUUGAACAAUGAUUUGGCGGGCUUGGAGCGCGGCGUGCAAUGCCUUCUGUCCGACAGGCAAGGUGAGUGGUGAAUCUGUGGCCCUCUUGAGGGGUGAAGCCCUUGCAACAGAGGGUAGUCUCCUGGGGUUACAUUUGCAAUGGGUUUCUAUUCUGGGUCGCAGCACACCAGAUCUCUACAGUACAGUGGUGCCCCGCAAGAUGAAUGCCUCGCAAGACGGAAGACCCGCUAGACGAAAGGGUUUUCCGUUUUCAAUGCGCUUCGCAGGACGAAUUUCCCUAUGGGCUUGCUUCGCAAGACGAAAAUGUCUUGUGAGUCUUGAGAUUUUUUUUCCGCUUUCCCCCCCCUUUUUCUAAGCCGCUAAGCCUUUAAUAGCCUUUUAGCAGCUAAUCCGCUAAGCCUUUAAUAGCCGCUAAACCGCUAAUAGCACUAAUCCGAUAAGCCGCUAAUAGGGUUGCUUCGCAAGACGAAAAAACCGCUAGACGAAGAUACUCGCGGAACGGAUUAAUUUCGUCUUGCGAGGCACCACUGUAUUUCCUCCUUCAGUUCCCAGAUGAUUCUCUCCUUCUCUCCUGUUUCCUCCACACCAGAUCCUUUCCUUCCACUGCCAGGUGAUGAUCAGCAGUUGCUACCACCACCUAUUCGUCUGUUUGAGGCGCCUGAUGAGAUCCCAGAACUGAAUGUGAUGCCUCAUGAGAUCCCAGAGCUGAACGUGACGGCUGAUGAGAUCCCAGAGCUGAAUGUCGAUGAAAGCGAUUUUCAAUAGGUGAUGAUUUCUGGCAAGAUGGAGGCCUAAAACUGUGGCUCUGCUCCCUUCUGACUGCCUACUGUCUUCCUUGUGCCCCCGCCAUGGAGCAUGGCUUUCUUAUUAAUCAAUUCAAAGAGGAUGCUGAACCACCUUUGAAGUUGCUCUUGAGUGUUCAGAUAGAGAGAGAGGCUGGAGACUGGGAAUGCCUGAAAAUGGGUGCGUAGGCAAUCAGAGUUCUGCUAGUUUGGGUUUUAGGUAUUUGGGGGCUACCAUGCUUGCCCUUCCCGUGUGCGGCUGCCAGCUCAACCUGUAUAUUUGUAAAUAAGCAUGUCCUGUCUAUAGCUGUCAAGCGUCCCUUAUUUGGAGGGACAGUCCCUUAUCCCAGCGCCAUGUCCUGCUGCUGUCCCUUAUUGAUGGGUGUCCCUUAAAUUUCCCGGGUUUCAAAGGAAGCAGCUCCUCUCCCUCCCUUCCUGCCGGCCAGGGAGGAGGGAGGCUCCAAGUGUGUUGCUUGGCUGCCCGGCCCCUCUCCCCCGGCCUCCUCUCACCAGCCUCGGCCCCCGGGAGCCCCUCCCCGCCGGGACCGGUGGGAGCCUCAGGCCCUUCCGCCACCAUCCUCCUCGCGGCCGCCGAACUGAGCCGUCUCUGCCUGGGGCCUCCCCUCUGCCUGCUGCUGCCGCCGCCGCUCCCGCUAGGCCGUACUGCGGCUGAGCCGCCAAAGGACCCGAAUUAGAUGGGCAGCCUAGCGCGCCCUAUGAAUUGCUGAGGAGCCUUGAGAGGAGAGCGAAGGCAACCAUAGAGAAAGCAGUUCAGAGAGAGGAGGAGGAGGCAGAGGCGCGGGCAGGUGUUGCAAGGGCUAACCAUGGAGGGGGAAAGCGGAGGAAGGACCGCAAGCGCUUCUCCCAUAGAUUUGUAGUGGUAGACUAGCAUAGAUGAUCUGAUCUGCGGGUUUACUUCGGGCGCUAUUUCCCCCCCCUUCCUCCCACCCCACCUGAUCGAACUGAGAGCUGCAGAUGGAGCAUGAGAGAAAAGAUACAGAACUGCAGCAGCAUCUUCGUAGCUUGGACUUCGUUUUGCGCGAAAAGUGGUUGCUGCUUGUAGUUAUUUAAUUGCAGUGUUUCAUCAGCUGGUGUCUUGAGCAGCAACCUCUGGAAACGAAGGGCUAAAAACCGGCACUGCUCUCCCAAAUUAUCUGGUCCCUUUUAACUGGUUGACUAAAAUCCCUUAUUUUGGCUGCUGGUCCCUUAUUUUCAAAUCUUGUCAGUUGACAGCUAUGGUCCUGUCCUUAUGAUGCCUUAUGAUGUCCUGUCCAGUCCAGCUUCUCCAGAACUUCCCAUCAUUUGGAGAAGUAGAGGGUGCAAAUCAAACUGCAUAUUGGUACCUGCAAACAUGGACAGAGGUUUCUCUUUUCUCUGGAAUUUUGUUCCUUCUCUUCAGUCGUCUUUUCCAAUUUGUAUUUUUUUCAGAGACUGUUCUGCUAAUGUCAUUUCCAAAUCGCAGAGGCCCAUAGGUUCCUUCCUUAUCCUCCCACACCUUUUUCCAGACCUGAUCUAGGGCAGGGUUGGGGGUUUUGUGUGUGUUUGUUUUUGUAAUAAAAUCCACUUUUGCUGGCUCCACGGUUUUCGCCACAUUGUGAUUUUUGCAUCGUGCACACAUAAACACACACACACAGAUCAUGAUUUGUGAUACGUUGCCAGGUCAAAAACUGUGGAACUGUUAUCAUGAUAUGGACUUCAAAACGGUCUUGGGCAAUAUAUCGACUUUGGAAGUUGAACUGAAUCCGUUUCGGAGGUCUGUUUGACUUCCAAAACAUUCGAAAACCAAAUUGCGGCUUUUGAUUGGCUGCAGGAAGCUCCUGCAACCAAUCAGAAGCUGCGGAAGCCCUGUCAGACGUUCGGCUUCCAAAAGAACGUUUGCAAACUGGAACAAUCACUUCUGGGUUUGCGGCGUUUGGGAGCCAAAACGUCCGAGUUCCAGGGCGUUCAGGAUCCAAGAUAUGACUGUAUUGCCCAGCCCUAACGGUAGGUUGUGUGCAUGGCUUCCCAUUGAUCAUUUGCUCAUCCCACACAUUUUCAGAGCAUUUCCUCGCCACUUUCCUAACUGUAGAAUACCCCUUCGUUGUUGGGUUUUUUUGGGCUUUUUAAAUGGAUUUGUUGUGCUCAUACAUGAGGCCUUUUAAUCCUUUUUUACUUGUGCAAGCCUACGUUCCCCAUAAUGCCCUUGAGCUCUCCCAAAACAGUCUGGAGGUGUCCUUAAUUGCUCCUCACGUUUUCCCCACUUCUGACCGGGUAGGGAAAGGUGGCUUUAAUUACAGUGGUACCUCAGGUUAAGUACGUAAUUCGUUCCGGAGGUCCGUACUUAACCUGAAACUGUUCUUAACCUGAAGCACCACUUUAGCUAAUGGGGCCUCCCGCUGCUUCCGCGUUGCCAGAGCACGAUUUCUGUUCUCAUCCUAAAGCAAAGUUCUUAACCUGAAGCACUAUUUCUGAAUUAGCGGAGUCUGAAACCUGAAGCGUAUGUAACCCAAGGUACCACUGUACUGGUUUUGUCACAUCGUGUAAUCCCUGCCCCUUUAAAAACAACAAUGAAAUAGUGGUAUUUUGCUAUUUAAAAAUGAAAGGGGGCGAGGGAAUAAAAGAGAAAAUCCUGCCACACAGCUACAGUUGUUCUCUGGAUUUUGGGGCGUAUUAUCGGCCGACAAUGAAAUUCAGGGAGGGCCAGAGGCACCGCCAGUAAGAGGGGCGGGAACAUACCCCAGGAGAAAUAGAAGAACAGAAAGAAACAAGGAUGUUACUCCAGUGGCACCUUGGCUAGGCUUGAUGGCUCACCUUUAUCUCUCUCCCUGUAACCUUCUCUUCCCUCUUUUCUGCAAAUGGAAUGCCGAGCCAUUUGCACACGGAGGACUAAUUUUUAAAAAUAGCUUUUAAUGGAGUAAGUCAUACAAAAUAUGUGCAACAUUCAUAUACCCGCCCCAAACAAAUCAUCCCUCAAAAUGGAAUGAAUAAAACAGCAUGCAAACAAACAAAUAAUAAAAAACGUGAAAUUGUGGAAGUUAUUCAACAAACCCCUCCCCUUUUAAAAAAACAUGUUAAAAGUUGGCACAUGGAUCCUCCCCACAUUAAAAUAAUAAUAAUAAUAAUAAUAAUAAUAAUAAUAAUAAUAAUAAUAAAUUAAUAAUAAUAAAACAACAAUAGCAACAACAUAUUUCUACCCGCCCACCUGGCUGGGGUUUCCCAGCCACUCUGGGCAGCUUCCGACAAAAGAAUAAAAAUACAUUAAAACAUCAGUCAUUAAAAACGUCCCUAAACAAAUCUUGGUCCCUUCGUCUUAUCACUGGGUUUCUUACUAGCAAGGGAUCGGGGCCGGCGUUUAAAUAAAUAAAUAAAUACAUUAAUACAUUAAAUAAAAAUGUUAAAUAAAAGCACGACAGCACGUGUGCUAUCAAUAAAUUAAGUACGUCUAUUAAAUACAAUGAAAAGCGUACGACUUGGACGCACAAAUCCACCCUUUUGCGUUGGGCUUCCCUCCUCUGAUCUUAGUUUGCAUUCCUGGCUAAGGCUGCGCAAUGGGAAAUGACUCUUGCCACCACGACGGCGAAGGACUGCAGGCGAAGCAGGAUGGGGUCCUGCAAGGCUUGCUUCUGCCAUUCUGCCGAAAUGGGUGGGAGGUCUGGGCUGCUGCUUUCCAUAUUUCCUCCAACCUGUAGGAGACAAAAGUAUCGGGGUUAAGAACGCAGGAAAGAGCCCUGCUGUUGAAUCAAGGGAAAACAUAGGCCAGCAUCCUGUUUAGGGCUGGGCGAUAAACUGGUAGUCAUCAACACGAUAUAUCGCCUGCUAAACAUCGCAAUAUACCGAUAUAUCACGAUAUCUUAAAUAAGGAUGGGACUAGGUAGAGGCACUGGCUGGCUUCAUGGGUUUUUCUUGCAUCGUGAUCUUCGCAUAGCUUGCGUACAUCAUGAUUCGUGUUCUAUUGUCAGGUCAAAAAUGGUGAAACCGAUAUCACGAUACGGAUUUCAGAUGGAUUGAGCUUCGGUGUGUAAAUAGGGUAAUGGUACAAAACCAAAUUUAUAGUAAGUCAAAUAAUAUGGAGAAAGUAAAGCUUAAGCGCAUGUUUAAGGAAUUUAAAUCGGGAAUGCAAAGGGAAGAUCGGAGCACUUGACAAAUUUAAUCUCAAGUGGAUGUACAAAGCAAGCAUUAGUUAAAGAAUGAAUAAUUGUUAAUAAUUUUCAUUUUGCCUAUAAUAUCUAUUGUAUACUUCCGUUAUAAAGUUUUCAAUCAAUAAAG